AUGAAUGAACCUGAAAGCAUCAUCUCUCAGGUGUCACCUGAGCAGCAGAUAGGUGGUCCGCAAUUGAUAAAUGAUUAUAAAGAACAAGAGUACUAUAGUGAUAAUACCUUAAUCCACUUGAAUAUCCAAGGUAGGCAUUAUUAUAUAACAAGAGAUCAGUUGAUGUCUUUACCAGAGUCAUUAUUGUUAUGUUUAUUCCCUAGUGGUGUAUUCAUGGACCGUGAGGGACAGGUCAUCACAAACUUGACACCUGAGGACGAAGUAUACAUAGCGAAUUUCCCUCCCGAUUGCUUUGAAUCUAUUAUGCGGACAUACUCUAUUGCUGAGAAGGACUUGCAAAGUUUCCCGGUAAAUGAGCUUUUUGAUCGGAGGCCGCCACAACAGGCUGGUAACAGUAAAACGUUUUAUGGAUUCAAUACUACACAAAAUCAGCAACCUUCAGAAUCUGAUAUUCUUCAUGAGAAGCCAGCGAUUAUUGUGUUAAGGGAGGAUUUGGACUAUUACUGUGUACCCACUUUGUCGCUUUCGAUCGAAGGUACGUCUCCCGAGGAGAAAGACAUUUUAUUGGAACAGCUAAUGACACUGGUUAAGAACGCUGCAGGCAGCCACUUGUGUCAACAAACAUCUGUCUUCCAGGGGCUUUAUUCAUCCAAUAGAAUGAAAUCCCGAUUAUCUGGGAAGCCGCAAGAUGCCAAUGCGUCUCAACAGCUAGGGCCUGCUGAGCAGCACCUAAUGGACAUGUUAUGUUCUAGUGGCUUCAAGAACGACUCUAACUGGGGGAAUCGCACACAAGAACCAGGCAAGACUGUGAUCAGCUCGCUUUCGCUAUGUCGUUUGAUGAACGAGACCGUCCAGGAGUUUAGAGACAAGGUUGAAGAAGCAAAGCGCCGUUAUGAACAGGAGCAGCUGCACAGACGUAGCACGGAAGCGGAGCCUCCCUCGCCAGAGUUGGUCUCUGCAUCAGACCAAAACGCUACGGUGUCGGUUCCUAACGUGUCUGGCAGCAGCUCAGACAGUAAACGCAAGUCUAGGUUAUCAACAUUCGCAGAAAAUGUCCGAUCCCGCUCUGCCUCGCGUACUCGGUCUAAUUCACGACAAAAGCAUCCAAGAGAACCCACACUCUACGAAUUGGUUGAAAAGCCCGAGAUUAAUACCAAGUUGCUUUUGUUCUGGAAGAAACCAGCGAGAAAGUGCUGGUGGGGCAUGGAAUCUAUUAAUGUAAACGUCCAACUUAACGGCCACAUAGAUCCAGUUAGUUCAAAGCUUGUACUAUCCAAACAUGACCCCUUGACUGUAAUUUCAGUCCCUGUUAACUUGCAUAUCCGGAGGGUUUGGGCUUUGGAAUUGUCAAUUGUGGGCAUGUGA